UUUAUUAUCAGACACAUGAUUUUUCCCGCUGUUGUUGGUUUUGAUGAUGAGCUUUUAGUUUUGACUCUUGAGAGUUGACUUUUGUUGUUUUUGUCAUAAUCCAACAUAAACAACGAAAAAUAGUCUAAGAUGCCUUCUAAAUCAGCAGACAUUGAGGAUUCCAGCAAGAAAUCUACCCGUCUAACAAGGAGCAGUAGCAAGAAACUGGCUGUUGCUGAAAAUCUGGGGAUGAAAAAGACUAGAGUGCAGUUAAACUUUGAUGAUCUUAAAACGCCGACCAAUUCUCCAGCGCUGAAAAAAGUUAGAGCCUCGACAUUGACGAACAGUGGUCUGAAGACAAGAUCAAAAGACAAAACCUUGGAGUCGGCUGUGCAAAACCUGCUGAAUGUGGCAGCGAAGUGUAACAGCACCAACAUCUGUCUAUCCUAUCUAGAGUUGCCAAAGCUUGAUGCAAAGAAAUUUACAGAUUCAAAGGGAAAUGUAAGAGCCGCAGUUCCGAAGCAAUUGGAGGGCAUUCCGAACAUAGAUUUGCAAAGACCAAUAAUAUGGAAAACAACAAAUUUGGCAGGGUCAAUAAAACUGCCUGAAGCACCAUCAUUUUUAAUGCAAAAUACAGUUCCAGCGCAAUUGUCCCACCAGAAAAACAUGCUCAAAUAUCUCAUUAUAAUAGAUUUUGAGUCAACUUGCUGGGAGGACAGAGUCGGGAAUUCCCUGCCACCUCCUGAAGUCAUAGAAUUUCCUGCAGUUCUUGUCAACCUGCAAACUGGCGUAAUAGAGGAUCGGUUUCAACAGUAUGUUAUGCCAAUGGAGGAGCCAAAACUAAGUGAUUUUUGCCAAAAAUUUACAGGAAUCACUCAACAGCAAGUCGACGCAGGCAUUCCAUUGAGUGUUAGCUUAAAACUGUUCUUAAGCUGGGUAGACGCUGUUGUUGCCCAGAGGGAGAUGGUCGCUUUUGAAGGCAGCAGCUUAUCCAAUUUAAAUCAUCCAAAAACUGCAUUUUUUUCAAUAGCAACAUGGACUGAUUGGGACCUUAAGCUAUGUUUGAAUAAUGAAUGCUCCAGGAAGAGCAUAAACUUUCCAACUCUACUGAAGCGAUGGAUUGAUUUGAAAUCUGCAUUCAGGCAAAAUUACGGUUGGACUCCUAAAGGCCUGAAAGGAGCUCUUGAAGAUCUGGGGCUAACUUUUGAAGGUCGAGAGCACUCUGGUUUAAAUGAUGCCAUAAACACAGCCAGGCUCUCUUAUCGAAUGGUGUGCGAUGGAUCGGUCUUUGACCAGUUUUCAGAAAUUUAGAGGAUCUUAGGUGUUUAUAAUAUUAUUCUAGCUUAAAAGCUCUUAUACUAAAUUAAAAGAAUAAAAAUUAAUCGUUUAAGAGGGUAGAACAAAAAAAUCAUAAAAUAUCUGAUAAUUGUUUUACGCAGAAGUGAUUUUAAUCAAUAUGACUGAAUAGUUUUAAAGUAUUUUUGUAUACCUCUUCUUCCACAAAAUUUAUCUCCUCGUCACGACACUGGCUCACAAUUUCCAAAAUGUGCCUGCAAUUAUGUAAAAAAAUGUAAAUUCUGAUUGAAUUGAAAAUUUAAAUUUACCUC